UCUGCAUGUAAUGAACCCUUGACUAUGAGUUGGGCUUGUCCGUAGACUCUAAUGUUAGAGUCGAGGCCUAUCUCGGCUCGGGCCCAAAGAUGCGCCACCGCGCACAGAAAAAUCAUGUGGUAUGGACACCAGAAGUAAGAAUGAGAUCCCAUGCGCGACCCACUGACUUAGAUAUCCACUGCCAAAACGGUUCAUGGUACAGGGUAUAGGGCAAGUCCAAGAAAAGGUCACCCUAGAAGAUUCCCAUUCAGCCGUUGGACUGAACUGGUACUGUAACACAGUAUGGAUGGUCAAUAUGAAGCAAGCUUCAUCGAAUUCCUCCAAGAGCUCUGAACUCUGUUCUGAUCAUUUUGAAGAUGCUUGCUUUGACAGGACUGGGCAAACGAUUCGUCUAAGACAGGAUGCUGUCCCAACCACAUUUAAUUUGCCGCCUCGUCAUCAGAAGAAUGCACACAAACCAGGGAAACCCUCGAAAGAAAGUCAUUUAGAUUCAGCAAGCAACCUCCCAGAUACUGCAAAGACACCUGUACCAAAGUCUUCAGCACCUUCCCUGGGACUACUACUCAAUGCCAAAAAUCUAAGAGGGAUGGAGACCAGCAGCAUGGCAGCAGGAGCUAAUGUUGGUCGUGAUGAGGCAUAUACCACCAUCAACAAUGCUGCAAUUGCAGUCACCACCACCAAGUCUGCUUCUGUCACUGCCAUCACCAUUGCCACCGCCAUUACCAAGACCACUCCUGACACAAAGCCCCCAAGUCCUCAACUGACCAGAUAUUGCAGCUGGAGAAGGAUAUACCAGGAACUUCAAAGCCAGGGCUUGCCAGUCUCCUACAAUAAGAAAAAUGCCAUGGGCCCAUCUAAUGAACUAGUAGUAGAAUAUUUGGCCACAGUUGUAGAAAUGCAGAGACUAACAUACUGCCACAGGUGAGGUUUUGUCCACAGUUCCAGAAGGACACAAAAUAGUAUCAGAAAGUCAUGCCAGAAUCAACAACUGAAGGGUUUGAAGAGCCAGAUAAAGAGCCGAGAAAUGUGAUUUUAAAGGUACUUCAAUCACAUGCACAGUAGGAGCAAAAACAGCAGCAAACACACAGGAGAUGUAACACUACAUUGACCAACAGCAACAACUACAGCAGCAUCAACAAUUUCUGCAGGAGAUGCAAAAACCACACUGGCAACCUCAACAACAUCAAGGUGUCCAACAAGCACUCCGGGAACGUUAACAGCAACCACAGCUUCAGCUGGAGUUUCAACAAA